AUGACAGGUUCGUUAUUACUUCAUCGUCAACAUAGUUCUGCAGCAGGUUAUUCAAGUACAGAUAAAAUGACUCGAUCAAAACUUCGUCGAUGGUCAUCAGCUGAAAAUCAUAAUAUAAUCGAAAUAACAUCUGAUAAUGAUCAUCGACAUAUAGGAGAAUUAUUAAAUAAACAUGAUCAAAUAACAAGUGAUAAUGAUUCAGGUAUUGAAGAUUUUGAUCAACAAGUUAUAAAUCUUGUUCCAUCACAAUCAAAUAAUAUUGACGAUGAUGAACCAUCAACACAAUUUGGUGCCUGUGAUGAUGAAGAUUUUGAAAUAAAUCAAAUAUUAAAUGUUAGUGAACAAUUAAUAUAUCAACAACCUUUCGACCUUUAUAACGAUGUUUGUCUUGCUGCAAAUGUACCAGAUAGUGAAAAAAAGAAUAUUUGUUCGAAUGCAUGUGAAAUAUUUCAUGGUGAAUUUGCUCGUGAUAUAAUCUGUCCGCUUGCUAUAAAUUAUCCUAAUAUACAAUAUUAUCUUUUCUCCGAAAAUGAAGUUCAUAGUGAUCCAUGUAAAUGGCCUGGCUUUGCUUUUGUAAAACUUGAUAAUGCAAAAGCACAAUUUAAAUGUCCAAAUACUUGCUGUGGUCGUUUAUGGACAUCAAUGCGUGCUCGAAUAUCAUUUAAAAUUAGUCGACCACAAUCGAAUGGUUUUGUUAUACUUAAGAUCUUUGGACAAAUUUGUCAACAAUGUGAAACUGUAGCUGAUCCAUUAUGGUAUACUGAGGAAAUUUGUCGUGUUAUGAAAAAUUUAACUCAAUCAAUAUUUAAUGAAUUUUUUCCUAAAAUGAUUCAUUAUAAUGUAUUACAAGGCACGAAAAUGAUUCAAAAUAUGAAUCGAAUUACUCAACGUCCACGUCAUGAUCCUAAUCAACGAAUAGGAAAAAUGCGUGCACCACAUGAUAAAUUUCAUUGUGAAGCGUGUCAACAUGGCUUAUGUUUUAUUUGA